CUCGUAGAAUAAAAUCAAAUCCUUUAUUCAAAAACUAAUAAUAACAAAAUGUGACAAAUACCUCGUUGUCUUUUCUCAUAAUUGUGUUUGUAAUAUUUUUCUUGUUCAAACCCAAAUAAUAAUUAGAGCCUAGAAUUAUCGAUAUUUGAAGUGUCUGAAGCACAUAUAAGCCUUGUCCCUUAUGUUAUUGACAAUCAUAUUGACUUCCGUCAACUUGGUGGUCACUUGAGACUAUGAUAGGUAAAUAUUUGAUACUUGAACCUUUUUGGUAUAAAUACGGUGUCGAAGCUCAUACCUCAAAUCAGUUUUGCAAUUUAUUUCGAAAGGACAUUUACAUUCAACAUGUUUCCGAGCCAUCAGCGUUUGAAAAUAGUGUUACUUAUUUUGACCAUACAGUCCUUUGCGGAAAAUUCGGGACCCCUUAUAAAUGAUACCCUGUUAAGAGAUUUGCUGAGACCUCUUAGUGAGAUUACCUUGCGAUUGCAUAGCAAUGAAGAUUUUUCCAAUGGAUUUAUACAAUUUUUCCUGAACCAAAGUCUGUGUCCCGUAAAAGUGCUUUCUUAUAACUUUGUCGAAAGAAAUCAAAGUAGAAAUAGUGUCAUACUAACUUAUGAUGAUGACAUCAAUAAGUUAAAAAGUGUUUUUGAAAAAUUCUCCACCAAUCGUCAAGGCGUUCGAUUUUACAUAAUAGACCAUCAAUUCAAACCAAGUGCCUUAAUUGACAUCGCCUAUUCUCUUUGGAAUCGUGUCGGAAUAUUCAAAAAUUAUUAUCUCACGUCGAAGGGGGUGUAUUUUUAUAACCCGUUAAUUUUAGAAGAAUCAACGGGAAAAUAUGGAGCUUUUCAAAAUACGACGAGUUGCGAAGAUUUCGAGAGAAUUUUUACAAAUAUUAACGGAUAUCCUCUUAGAACUUACAUAUUUCGUUCGGUCUAUGCUAGCUUAGUAUUUGACAAGGAAAAUAAAGAAAUUCUUCGAGCAGAAGGAGCUGACGGACAUGUGGCUUAUACAAUAGAAAAGGUUAUGAACGGCAAGUUGGUUUUACUGAAGCCUGAUGAUGCUUUUUUUGGUUAUCACUUGCCUAAUGGGUCCUACAAUGGAGCCAUCGGAAGGUCGAUUCGUUAUGAAACUGACCUCGUUUUGACGGGCUUCUUUGUCAAGGACUACUAUACCCAAGAUAUGGAAUUUUCAGUUGCUGUCUACAUGGACAAGCUUUGCUGUUAUGUGAGCAAAGCCAAACGCAUCCCACAAUCAAUACUGCCUCUCUUUUCUGUUAAAGUUGACAUGUGGGUUGGAUUUAUUGGAGCUGCCUUUGUUUGGACAGCCAUUUGGAUAGUUAUACGAAGGAUAAACUUGUGGGUUAAUCGGAAAAGAGGCCGACAAUUUCCAGAAGAACUCAACAAGUUUAUCGAUUGGCAGUACUUUCAGAUAUUUAGUGACACCUGGGUGAUUUGGGUGCGAGCCAAUUUGUGUCAAUAUCCUCCAUUUCUAUCCGAGAAGGUAUUCGUCAUCUCAUUGUGUCUGGUUAGUGUAAUCUUUGGAGCCAUCUUCGAAUCCAGUCUGGCAACUGUGUACAUAAAUCCUCUAUACUACAACGACAUCAACACCAUGGCUGAACUGGAUGAGUCCCAACUGAAGAUUCUGAUAAAACACGCCGCAAUGAAGGAUGACCUAUUCUUUGGCAGUGAUUUGUUGGUGUUCAAACGCUUGGACAAGAAACUUUUGUAUGUCACCGAUAUUGUGGGUCCAAUAAUUGAUGUAAUGUCCAAGAAGGGAGGAUUUGCAUCGGUAACACGGGCAUCAUCACUCAUACUCGAUGAUAUAAGUUAUAUUCUAUCGCAGAAGAUUCAUCAGAUUCCAGAGUGUCCGAAGAACUAUCAUAUAGCUUAUGUCUAUCCCAAAGAGUCUCCUUUUAAGGAGAGAGUAAACGAUAUUUUACUGAGAUUUCUCAAUGGAGGCCUCAUAAACCAUUGGAUUGAGAUGAUGUAUCAUGAGGCUAAAAUUGGGAUUUUAAAGUCUCCAGAAAUUCUACAAGUUAUGGGAGGUUACACCUGGAAGGUUCUGACCAUAAAAGAUCUUCAAUUGGCUUUUUAUGUGAUCAUAGGAGGAAGUGUGAUAUCAACUUUAGUUGUGAUAUCUGAGAUUUAUAUUGCAAAACGCUCAAGAAAUAAAUAA